UGUUCAACUCGUCGCGCCCAAGUAAGGAGGAAUGCGAAAAGCAGAAGCGUGCUCUCGAGGAGAUGCACAAUGCAGCAGCAGCAGCAAGCCAAGCAGGGUCCUGGUGACCAGCAACAAGCCCCCAGUCCGAUCGAUCAGGUGAUCGCGGACUGGCAGAAGACGCUGACGGCGUCGGCCAGCACCGUGGCAGCGUCGGCGAUGGGCGGUGGGAGUCCGGACUCGCCAGCGCCCUCACCGCUAUUCGGACCAAACGAGACGCACACCAAGAAGAAGAAGGACGACAAACAACAUCCCAAGAACAAGAGGGAGGGCGAUCCCCUCAUCUGCCUUUCUGUGCCUUCCGAUGACUGCACCGGGAAGACGAAAGAAGAGGAGCAGCAGCUGCAAGAGGGCAAGCUCAUCAUUCUCGAUGACUACGACAACGGGAAGCAGCACAAGAAGACCCACUCGCGCCACAACAGCGCCACCCCGCCCGCCCCCGCCGACUCAGCCGAGGCCGCGUCCGACCUGACCGGCCUGCUCCUCCCGCCGCUCCGCUCCUCCUCGUCGACCCCCACCUCCGCCACCACCCCCACCGCCACGCCCCUCUCCCCCACCGCCUCGUCGUCCACGCCUCCCGCCGCGUCCGCGCCUGCCGGCGUCACCUCGCCGGCCUCGUCAUCACAGCCGCAGCCGCAGCCGCAGCCGCAGCAGUACCAGCAACAGCAGCAACAGCAACAGGGCGGGGGCUAUGGGCAGCCGUCGCAGUUCAUACCGCAGCAGCAGCAGCAGGCCUACGGCGGCGGCUACGGCGGCAGCAGCAGCGGCACUGGUUCGGGUCCGGCGCCCGGGUCGUUCCAUCCGCCAGCCUACCAGAACGUGGGUCCCGGCGGCGCUCCCUACGGCACCCCCAUCUACAACGGCCCCGCGUACGGCGGCGGCGGCGGCGGCUACCCGCCACAGCAGCAGCAGCAGCAGUACGGAUUCCCGCCAGGACCCGGCCAGGGCUACCCUGGCAUGUACCAGCAGCCGCCGCCGCAGCAGCAAGGCGGGCCUAUGGGCUACGCGCCCCAGGCGCCGCUUCAGCAGCAGAUGAACGCUCCCAUGGGCUACAAUCAGCCUCGGCCGAUGGGCACUCCGAUGGGUCUCUCCGCUCCCUACCAGGGAGCAGCAGCAGGAGGCGCGCCCAUGGGCAUGGCCAGCCCUCUCCCCGCCUCCGCCCCUGAAGCCCUCGCCGAUCAGCUGUCGAACUUGCACGUGGCCCGGCAGAACUUCAUGCAGCAGCAGCCGCCGCAGCACGGGCUGAUGCAGCCGUUGGUGCCGGUGGCCGCGCCCAUGAUCUCCUCGCCGGACAACACCGGGGCCAGCGGCGCUGCUGCGGGCGGCGGCUCCGGCUCCGGCGUCGACGACGAGUGGCACAUCGAGUACAACGAACUCGAAACCAACAAGGAAAUCGCUCGCGGUAGCUUCGGUGUGGUGUACCAGGGCGCCUUCCGCGGCACCGAGGUGGCCGUGAAGAAGCUCAUCCAGCAGCACUUCUCGCCCGAGCAAAUGAAGGACUUCCUUGAUGAGAUCAACAUGAUGAAGAAGCUGCACCAUCCCAACGUGGUGCUGCUGAUCGGCGUCUGCGUCAAGGAGCCCAACCUGUGCAUCGUCACCGAGCUGCUGGCGGGCAGCAUGUGGAAUCUGCUGCACGACAAGAGCGUGAGGCUCGACUGGAAGCUGCAGCACAAGCUGCUCCUUGACACGGCCAAGGGCAUGAACUACCUGCACCUGUUCAAGCCGCCCAUCAUCCACAGGGACCUGAAGAGCCCCAACCUGCUCGUGGACUCGCACUUUAACGUUAAGAUCGCUGAUUUCGGGCUGGCGCGCAUCAAGGCGCAGCUCAUGACCGGCAACCUCGGCACCUGCCAGUACAUGGCCCCCGAGGUGAUCACGAGCGCGACGUACAGCGAGAAGGCCGACGUGUACAGUUACGGCGUGGUGAUCUGGGAGGUGCUCACCCGUCAGGCCCCCUGGCAGGGCAUGCAGCCCAUGCAGAUCGCCUACGGCGUCGUACACCAGAGCAUGCGACCCCCGAUCCCGCCGGGCACUGCGCCCCCGCUCGUUCACCUCAUGCAGCAAUGCUGGCACCAGGACCCCGCCCAGCGCCCCUCGUUCACGGAGAUCCUGCAGCAGCUCAAGGCCCUCCACGUGUAG